AUGUCGAAAAACGAGAAUGAUGAUGAAUCGCCCAUGAUGUCGUUCAAAUUACUCAAUAUCGCUGGAAGGGCGAGACGGGGACAACUUCAAUUGCCUCAUUCAAUCGUCGAGACGCCAGUGUUCAUGCCCGUUGGAACUCAAGGCACGAUGAAGGGCGUGUUACCAGAACAACUACUCGAGAUGGACUGCCGAAUUCUACUAUGUAACACUUAUCAUUUAGGCCAUCGACCUGGCCACAAUCUUGUGAAAAAAGCUGGUGGCAUUCACAAGAUGAUGAAUUGGCCAAGAAGUAUUUUGACGGAUUCCGGAGGAUUUCAAAUGGUUUCGCUUUCUAAAUUGAUGACGGUUGAUGAGGAAGGCGUCAAUUUUGAAAGUCCACACACCGGCGAAAUGAUGCUACUUAGCCCCGAACAAAGCAUUCACAUUCAACAAUGCCUAGGGGCCGAUAUAAUGAUGCAACUUGAUCAUGUGAUUCAUGUUCUAACAACGGGCCCGAUAGUACGCGAGGCGAUGGGAAGGAGCAUUCGCUGGCUGGAUCGAUGCAAUGCAGCACAUACUCGUGACGAUCAAACGCUAUUCCCAAUCGUUCAGGGAGGCCUCGAUAUGGAUAUGCGCAAAGAAUGUGUAGAAGAAAUGGCAAAACGAGCAAAGGUCGGCAUUGCCAUAGGUGGUUUAUCUGGUGGUGAAGAGAAAUCCGCGUUUUGGAGAGUCGUAGCUACUUGUUGUGAGGCACUCCCUCCACAUCUUCCUCGUUAUGUGAUGGGUGUCGGGCAUCCAAUUGAUCUCGUUAUUUGUUCUCUAUUAGGAGCCGAUAUGUUUGAUUGUGUAUACCCUACCCGCACUGCGAGAUUUGGAACCGCCCUGGUGAGACGUGGUGGAGAGUUGCGGCUUAAUCAAAAUAAAUACGCCAACGAUUUUACGCCAAUUGAUGAUAAAUGCACUUGCGAGACUUGCCAAAACUACACACGAGCUUUUAUCCACGCAAUUUCACAAAAGGAAACUGUCGCAUGUCACCUCAUAUCGAUGCACAAUAUCAAGCACCAACUGGACUUAAUGCGUGAUGUGCAAAAAGCUAUAGCCAGCGGCGAUGCUCAGGAAUUCUUGAAAACUUUCCUUGAAGAGCAAUACCUCGGAACAAGUGUACCUCAAUGGGUUAUUGAUGCUUGUGAUUAUAUGGGAUACAAAUUUAGUCAUUUU